UGGAUAGACGUAUGAACAGCAAAAGAGCAAGCUAUCUCUAAGCUGUCUCCAGGGCUUUUUUGAUACUACAGUCAAAAAGAUCAGAGAGAACCCACACUCUCUCUCACACACAAGUGAGUAGAGAUUUACCAGGGCAGAUAUGGCUUCCUCCAGCAGUCUCCUGUCUGAAGAGCAGUUUCUGUGCUCUAUCUGUCUGGAUGUGUUCACUGAGCCAGUCACCACUUCGUGUGGACACAACUUCUGCAUGGCCUGUAUAACAAAGUACUGGGAUAGCAACGACCUGUGUCAAUGUCCACUGUGUCAGGAGAAAUUAUCCAAGCAAACUAAGCUUCGUGUCAACACAACCUUCAGAGAGAUUAUAGAGAAUUAUAAAUUGUUGAGAGACACAGGUAAAGAUGAGUCCCCUGCCAAACCUGGAAAAGUGCACUGUGACGUAUGCACUGGGACGAAGCGCAAGGCCCUGAAGUCAUGCCAGGUGUGUCUGGCAUCUUACUGUAAGACUCACCUAGAGCCUCAUCAAAUAUCCCCAGCAUUCAAGAGACACAAGCUGAUCGACCCUGUGGAGAACCUGGAAGACAGGAUCUGUAAGAAGCACGACAGACUCCUGGAGCUGUUCUGUAGGACUGACCAGACGUGUGUGUGUCAGUUCUGCACUGAAACAGACCACAAGACUCAUGACACUGUUCCAAUAGAGGACGAGUGUGGAGAGAGGAAGGCUCAGCUGGGGAAAACUGAGGCAGAAGUGCAGAGGAUUAUCCAGGAGCUACUGCAGAAAGUUAAAGAGAUUAAACUCUCAGUACAUCUCAGCAAAAGAGAUGCAAAGAGGGAGAUAGCAGACAGCAUAAAGGUCUUAACUGCUCUGGUACGAUCCAUUGAGAAAGGCCAAGCUCGGCUCAUUGAGGAGGUUGAGGAGAAGCAGAAAGCAGUAGAGAGGCAGGCUGAAGGGCUCAUUAAAGAACUAGAGCAGGAAAUCACUGAGCUAAAGAGAAGAAGCACUGAGCUGAAGCAGCUCUCACACACUGAGGACCACCUCCAACUUCUCCAGAGCUUCACAUCCGUGGUGUGCACCCCUCCACCCACCAAGGACUGGUCUGAGAUCAGUGUUCACAGGGCUGUGAGGAGAGCUGUGUCUCAGCUGGAGGAGACAUUGAAUAAAGAGAUGGAGAAGCUGCCUGAGGUCAAACUGAAGAGGAUUCAGCAGUAUGCAGUGGAUGUGACUCUGGACCCUGAUACAGCAAAUCUCUUUCUCAUCCUGUCUGACAAUGGGAAACAAGUGAGAACUGGAGACACGGAACUGAAUCUUCCGGACAAUCCAAAAAGGUUUGAUCGUUUUACCGUUCUCCUUGGAAAGAAUGGCUUCUCCUCAGGGAGAUUUUACUAUGAGGUGACGGUUAAGGGUAAGACUAGGUGGGAUUUAGGAGUUGCCAGAGAGUCCACUGACAGGAAGGGGGAUAUCACACUGAGCCCUGAACAUGGAGUUUGGACUAUGAUGCUAAGGGAUGGGAAUGAGUACACAGCCUGUGCCUCACCGCAAAUCCGUCUCUCCCUGAGCGAGAAGCCCCAGAAGGUGGGUGUGUUUGUGGAUUAUGAGGAGGGUGUGGUCUCUUUUUAUAAUGUGGAGGCCAGGUCUCAUAUCUACUCUUUCACUUGCUGCAUCUUUACAGAGAAAAUCUACCCAUUCUUCAGUCCCUGUAGUGAUGAUAGUGGUAAAAACGCAGCCCCUCUCGUCAUCUCUCCUGUCAAUCACAAAUACUGAUUAAACAAAGGACUUAAUCUUUCUUUAAAGCUGCAAUAUGUAACUUUUUGGGCGACCUGACCAAAUUCACAUAGAAAUGUGAGUUAUAGAUCUGUCAUUCUCAUUCAAAGCAAGUAUAAAAAGCGGUAAAUCUUU